AAAUUAUAUACAUACAAUUUACAUGCAUACUGUAUAUACAUAAAUUUGAGGUCAGUAACAUUCCCUAAGUUUUUUGGAAGAAGUCUCACCAAGGCUGCAGUAAAAACAGUAAUAUUGUGGCCCAUGACAACCCAACGUAGAUAAAAAUUUAGCACAGUUUCAUAUGGUUUAAUUGGCACUUCAGAUGACUCAACUUACCAGCCUUACCAGGACCAGCCUGAUGUCAAUGUCAGUGUCACUUCCCAAUGAAAGUUAUGUUGAGACACAAGAUCUUCACUGAAUGUUCAGGCAAACUUGCAAUAAUUUCUGAUAUGAUACCUGCUAAAACAUUCUCUUGUAUGUGGGUUUACACUGUGUUUUUCAUCAGUGUGAAAGGUAAGCUAUCUAAAACCUAAUGUUGUUCUGUUGUUAUUUCUUUGUUUUACAUGCAGAAUGAUUUUUGUGGUUAUGGUCACUGGUUGGCUGGCAGCAAACACUGGUGCCGUCAUGCAAACUGUGAAUUGUACUCAAUGCAACAAGGAGAAAUAGAUGUGUCAGUGUUUAUUGUACUGUCCUCUGAAAAUUUAUUGAAAUUCAUGAGUCUUAAUAUAAGGUGGAAGUACAAUUAAUUCAAAGAAAUGUACUUUUUAUUUUUACUUCUUAUGCACUACGGGUCAAAAGUUUGAAAGACAUAGGGUUACAUCUUGUUACUGGUUGAUUCUACAGACAUUCUAGGUCAUAUUCCUGAUGUUUUUUUAGUACUUCAUAUAGCUCAUAUUAAAUCCAAUUUGUAAAUCCAAUGGUAGGAGGGAUGAGUUAAAGACUGUGAUGAAGGGACAAGUUGUCACUCUGCAAACAGGAGCUACUGGCCUAGAGAGAGACGCUGAAGUCAUGUGGCUGUUUGAAAGUGGAGACCAAACUACUCGUAUAGCACAGCUGUAUAAAGGAUCAGUUUUCACUCAUUAUGAACUGAGACUCGUCAACAGACUGAAGCUGGACCGUGAAACUGGAUCACUGACUCUGAUCUGGAACAUCAGCACCAGUGAAUCUGGGCUUUAUGAAGACAUCAUCAGUGGAUUCAUGCCAGACUGGAUCGUUGAGUUUCUGGACCUGCCAUCAGGACUGGAUCAUCGGAACAACACCCAAACAAAUUUUAAAGAUCCAGUUUCUGGACCUGCCAUCAGGACUGGAUCAUCGGUGGCUCACCCAAAUCAAGAACUUUGCUCUGUGCUCUGUUCUGUAAAAAAUGAACAAGGUGUGUCCAUCUCGUGGUAUAAAGGGGGCGAAAUGGUGAACCAGACCAGCAGUCCAGAUCUCAGCAUGAACCUGAGUUUACCAUUAGAGCUCCAUUAUACUGAUCCAGAGGCCUACAGCUGCACAGCUGCAAAUCCACAGAGCAAUAAGACCAUCCAUCUUCACAUCAAAGAGGUCUGCCCACAACAUGAAGAUUGUCCGGAGCAUUGUGGUGUUCUGAUUCGAUUGGUUUUGUCCGGUCUGGUGGGACUUGGCACUGUUGUAUUUCUGGUUGAGCACUUGAUGUUGUGCUCUGCUCUGCUCAAAGAACUCUGUCUGUGUGCUAAAGACAAUGCCAUGAAAGGUUCUAAGGUUAUAGAUAGCACCAAACAAAAUUAUAAAAAUGAAUUUGAUUUCCAAUCUACAGUAUGUGUUCUGUAAGUCUGUUGAGUGCUGGGGGGAUGAAUUAUUUUUUGUUUCUUUAGUUUAUUAUUUAUUUGUUGUAGGCCAAUACCUGGAAAUAAGCAAUUUAGCACUUCUGGUUCCAAUACACAAGAAGGCCCAUAAUUAUGUGGUGUCUUUAUUGAGAGCAGAAGCAGCAAUGAAUGCAAACAACACUGUGGGGGGGUGCAUUUUGAGAAAACAAAAAAUAUUCAGUUUCAUAAAUUAAGUCUGAACCAAA